UAUUUUGUACAUGUUCAGCCCCGCCCUGCAGACGCGCUGAUAUCACGCAGUUGCGUAAUUUGACAAGCCAGCGCAAAAUAGGGAGAAUGAGCGUUUGACAGCUGCCGUUUUCCUGCUACAGAUUUCUUCGAAACAAAAGAACACUUAUGCUUCAUUCAUUCGCUAAAGAUUUCGGAUAGUUGCCCAGAAUCUCUGCUUGCAUGGCCGCUGCCGUGAGGAAUAAUAAUGUUUGGGUUGCUCCGCGGCAGGACGCGCAGUUCCUCCAGAAAACCUCCGCACCAUUGACAUCCGACGGUCUUAGAGGUGAAGAUCAUGGACAAGUGCUCUGUAACACGAGGGAUGCCAUCCCGGGAACUUCCUCCUUCCACGAUUACAAUUUGGGUAAAUCCGAGAUGGACAGCUAUUUGUGUUCACAACCACAGGAUGUAGUAAAUUCCAAAAUGAUGUGCAGAGACAGCACCCUGGCUCUAGAGCCACCUUUCACCGAGGACUUUGCCUCCCCUUACAGCGUCAGCAUGAGUUUGCUCCUUCCCGAUGUCACAUAUCUGCACCCAGGCCUUUGCAGGACUGUGAGACAGAUCAAAACCGAGCCAACAAACUCUCUGAUGCAUCCCGCGUGCCAGGGGAGUGGAGUAUCGCCAGCAGUCCCUGAAUACCCAGGGUUUUUUUGCGCAGCUGACACUGCAAGUGGUAACUUCGUCAUCAAGCAGGAAGUGCCAGAUUUCCAGGACGUUCCCCUAUUUCAGCUUUUGAACUCUGAUUUGGAACAGCUCGUUCACAGCUCGCAGGUGAACCCCAUCCCCAUAGCCCCGUUAAGCAUUCCCACUGGGAAUGUUCAUGCUGGCCCAGUCCUGAAUUCUGCGAAACCCGCGAGCAGCUUGCAGAACGAAUGUUUUUCAUUUAAUCGACGCGUGGGCCAUCAGCCAGGAUCAACUUAUCUGCCACCUUCUCCGCCAAACUCUGAGCCCUCAAGUCCAGACAGGGGCAAAGAACUCCUUCACAACCUCUCCCCGCCUCCAUCCUACGAAGCCAGCAUCGCCUCUAAGUUAAAUUUUGAGACCCACAAUUCCAUUGAUCUUGGACAGACACCCAGCAUAGCUCCAAUCCAAAACCAAGAUCAAAUUUCCACGUCUGGAUUCAUCCAAAGUUCAGGUUCUGGACCAGUACAGCGUUCAAGCCUGACACCAGUUCAAACACCGUCGGGUAUUGGCCCACUGUCCCCGGUGUUGGCUCAGUCGGCUCCAGUUAAGUACAAUCGAAGGAAUAAUCCUGAUCUGGAGAGACGGCGGAUUCACCACUGUGACGUCCCAGGCUGUCAGAAAGUAUACACAAAGUCAUCUCACUUAAAGGCUCAUCUGCGGACGCACACAGGUGAGAAGCCGUACCACUGCUCCUGGGAGGGAUGUGAGUGGCGCUUCGCCCGCUCUGAUGAGCUGACACGCCAUUACAGGAAACACACCGGGGCAAAGCCUUUUCAGUGUGGCGUGUGUAACCGCUGUUUCUCCCGCUCUGACCACCUGGCCCUGCACAUGAAGAGACACCAGAGCUAGAAACCUCUUCCUAUAAAAAUGUCAAUCUUCCUUUCCUUUUUUGUUUUUUUUUUUGUUUAGUUUUUUUGGACAAAAUACCGUCAUAUGCAUAUCAGCAAAUAAACAUGUUAAAAACUGUGAAACUUAUUUCACUCACUCCAAAAGUGGGAGAUAAUCUUAGCAGUGCUGACCCACAAAUAAUAGAAAUAAUGUAAAAAAGAUCAAAUAUUAUGGUUGCCUUAUUUUUUUUUCCACACAAAUGCCUCAGUUUAGGGGAUGUUUGAAAGGUAUCAGUAAAAAAAAAAACAUAAUGUAAUAACGUAACUAUAAUGGAUCUUUUUUAAGAUUUUAUUUUAAUUCUACACAAAAACAUUUUGAAAUAUAAAUUUUAUAUUUAGGUGUUUUCACUGUACACAUCAUAUCACCCAUGUGUUGUCGGGGCAUUUAUUUAGUAUGCUGCAAACUGCUACACUGUAAGUGCAGAUAUCUAUGUAUGCUAUUAGCCAGAAGAGGAGGAUGUUGUUGCAGCUAGUGGGUCAAAGGGUUGGUUGUGCAUUUGUGUAAUAUAGAAAGUAAAAGUUAAAGUUAAAGUUGCAGGAAAGCAAGUUGCAGAGUUAUCUGAAGCAGUAGCAGGAAGAAUAAACAUCGAGGGGGUGGUGAGCACUGUUUGUGAGCCAUGUGGUGAUUGCAUUGCUUACAACAUGAGGACACUUGGUAUGAGAUAUUAAGCGUUGAAUGACCAGCACUGUGAAUGAUCUUUAUCUGUGCUCUGACACUGUAACAUACACAUGGUCAUUACAGAGAGGGUUGUCUUUUUGUUUUCUAAGUGCAAGAGAUGAAUCCAAAUGUUGCAUUUUGAUUUUAGGAUUUCUCUGAACACUUUUCACUACUGUGGUGUUUAACUUUCAGCGAGAUCUCAUUUUAUAUUAGGAAUACGAAGUGCUGAAACAAUUUGCAACAUCUUUGGGAACAUUUAUUUUGUCUCUCCUGUUCGUUGUCAUCGUGGAGAAAUCAAACAUUGACUAGAAUUUCUUUUGGGUGUGGGUGAGUCGAAUUUGAUAACCUAAUGUUUUCAGUGUGAACAUCUAUCAAAGUUGAUGGUUUCUUUGACUUCUCUCCAAAUAUCAAACACCUUUUUGAAAGUGCCUUUAACUGCUUAGUUUUUUUUUUGAAUGAAUGAAUGAAUGAAUGAAUGAAAAACAAAGCUGCCCCUGCCUGUUAAAACCAUCCACUAUGUUCCUCUUAAUUUCCACAAUGUAACAUUAAUAGAAAUCUCUAUAACCUGACCAAAUUUGAAUAUGGCUUAGCAAAACCAAUUUUAAAAUUUCUGUUAUUUAAGAUGUAUAUAUUUUGUAUCUGCUGUUUUAAAAUAAAAAAAAAAGAUCCAUGUAUUUCUUUUGGAUUGUAUUACAGUUUUAAAUUUUCCUUUUUUAAAAAAUAAAUUAGGUUUGUUUAUUUUUGUUUUACAAAGUGCAAAAAGGAUCAGAUUACGUCGCUACAGUCGACGCUGUUACGAGUUUAUCCAGCCAAGAAAGAAGCGCAGUGAGUUAUUGCAAUACUGUUGAAUAAAUAAAUAUGCACAAAGGUCAGAAGUUUGUGUCAAAGCUGAAACAUUAACAUGUAGCCUAAACUGAUCAAAUGUCCAAUGGAGCUGUGUGUCCCUCACAGUGCAAAUAAAGAUGUUUUGUGUUGAAUAUUAA